AUAUCAGGUCUGCCGAUAUAUCGGCUGAUAUUUAUUAGUAAAAUAAAUAAAUACAGCUAAGCUGUCCCAUAAUAAAUAACAAAAAAUAAUACUAGAUAACUUUAUUAGGUAUAUACUAUUUUAUAUACCUAUUAGUAGAUAAGCCUGUUCUAUAAUAAUAAUAAUAAUAAUAAUCUAUAGCCAAAAAAAGCAAACGUAAAUGUAAUUAAGUAUGUCUGUGCAUAACGUUGAAAUUGAAGACUUCUAUCAUCAUGAUUUUACAACAGCUUCCGACUGGGAAGUGUUCAUAGCUCGCCUUGAAGAGAUCAUUCACGAAUGGAAACUAAUGCAUACAAAAUUUGAAAGUAACGUAAAACAAUGUAAUUUAAUCGAUUCAAACUGGAAAGAACAAAGUGAAGAAGUUAAUUUUGCAGAUGUUGGAUUCACAUUUAAACACUAUAAACUCCACAUUGAAAAAGAAAAUGAGAAUAUUACAGACGAUAAUGAAAGUUCACAAAUACAGACAAACAUUGACUCUUUCAAUCAACUUAAUGAUAUUGAUAAAAACGUUCAAGAUUAUUUACUGAUUGCUCAGUACUAUGGCAUUCAUGAAUUUCUUAUCCUCGUUCCAACGAAGAAAACUGGAAUUUCCGAUGAAACAAAAAUAAAAAUACUUUUAAGUUCAUUAACAAUCGCCUCAAACAAUGCUAAGUCUGAAAUUCCAGCAUUUGUUCAGGUUCAAGAGCCUUGGCAGAAAUAUUAUUUGGGUAUUGGCGUUGGCCGAGGACUAUCAACACAUUUUGAAAUGGUGCACCUAAAAAAAACACCUUCUCACUGCCGACAUUUAACAGGAUUAAUUGCAAUAUUCAAACAAAAAAUUGGUGAAAAAAGUACCAUCAAAUUAGAUCCAAUAAAAAUUUCAGUCAGAUUUUCAUAUUCGUUGACAGACUGGACAAAUUACACGUGGACUCAGGAACCACCUGACUUUGAACUUAUGCAAGGAGAAACGAUUGGUGCAACUGAGUUGGGAAAACUUCCUUUUGGUGCCUCUUUUGAUCCAAUUGCAGAGCUUGAACUGUUUACUACAUGGCCACAAAUUUGUGAAAAUGUCGUCGUUGAUAGCGAAAGUUUUACAGAUCUUGAGCCUCAAUUAGCUCCUGAAUGGUCUGCACGAGUUAAAAUGAUUCAAACUCCAGCCUGUUUACUUGGCGAAUAUCUAACUGAUUUUCUUGCAAUGUGCCAUAAUGAAAAGAAUUUGGUUGAUGUUCUUGGUAAUAGUGCAGCGUAUUUAGAUAAUGGAGAUCAAAUAUUGUGUACAGCUUUUGAUGCCUUAACAGAAUCUAAAAUUCCACCGAUUUCAAAAGUAAUGUCGAAAGCAUCCUCAAAAAAGAGUAGUAAAAAUGUUGAUGGACCAAUUCCAGAAGAUGUCAUGAUUCAAAUUCUUUAUUUUUUGUUCCCAGAUGCUGAUCAAAAGCGGAACGUACCGUAUGGUGAUGUGAAUGGAUAUAAUAUUGACGAUGAGCUCUGUAAAGGCAUAAAAACUUGCGUUCCAAAUGGAUUAGUUUGGAGAUUAUCAAUAGUCGCAGCUCAUUGCACGCACAAUCUUGGAGGUGCUAAUGCUUUAGCUCAGCUUUGGCAUGAGUUUGUUCAGGAAAUACGUUUUCGAUGGGAACAAAGUAUACUCAUCCCUGGGAUGGCAGCUGGUUUCCCAGAUUCAGUACGGACUUGUUUGCUGCAUCAAAAACUACAGAUGAUAAAUUGUUGCAUCGAACGAAAAAAAAAUCGGGAAGCAAACGCUUAUAAGCAACAAAAUGCAAAUGAUGACUUGGACUCAGUUUGCUUUGCAGAAUCAGAAGAAGAAUUUUUUGAGUGCACCGAAGAAGAAGCUGUGAAACAAGAAGAAUUACAAAUUAAAAAAACCCAACAAAAAUCUAAACAGUUAAUAUGGAAUAGACCCAAAGGACGGCUUGCUAAGCAUCCUUCUCUUCGUCUUCUCAAUAAUAGUGAUGCUCUUUAUCUACCGGUUACUCAGGAUCCAGUUCCAAAAACUGAAGACCAACUAGAAGAAGAUGCUGAAGUAAUGAUGCAGCUCGGAACGGAUAAGCAUGCUUCAGAAAUGCGUGCGAAGUUGAUGAGUGCCUCUCUGUUAUCUGACAUGGAGUCUUUCAAGGCUGCGAAUCCAGGGUCUGAACUAGAGGACUUUAUUCGUUGGUAUUCACCUCGUGACUGGAUUGAGACUGAUGCUACUGAUAAAUCGGGUCAAAAAACUGGCAAUCUAUCGCCUCGAAUGAAAAUUCCAAAUAAUCCAUGGGCAACAACGUGGAAAUCAGCUCAACCAGUGCCAGCUCAUCAACAAAGACGUCUAUUUGAUGAUACUAGAGAGGCUGAAAAAGCAGUACAUUACCUAGCUUCAAAAAACCUCGGCCAGAUCAGUCGACUUCUUUUGCCAGUAUUAACUCAUGCUGCACUUUACACACUAAGUGAACAAAAACAAGAUGCUCUUCCAGCUCUUUCCGAUGUUAUUCAAAGCAUUCUUAAUAAAUUACAGUAUGCAACUAAAUCGAUUCACCAGACAUUGAAAUUAUACGAGGAAAUAUCAAAAGACAUUGAAAGUGUCGAAGCACUCGUGGCACAAAUAAAUUCACUUUAUCACAAACUUUGUAGUGAUAAUAAUUCAAAUGAAUUAACUUCUUUUAUUAUACAAUUAAUGCGGGGCAAAGAGGUUAUAGUUCCUUCUGGCUCAAGAGGAACUGUAGGAAAAAGAAUCAUUGCAAUGUUUCGAGAUGCUCAAAAAGCAAACUUGAUGAUGAAUUUAACAAGUUCAACUAAUGAAAACAUGUCUCAAGAAAAAAAUAAAAAAAUGCUACCAGAGCCCACAUGCAAAGAAUUUAUAUUGCGAGCAGUAUCACCAACAAUCCCACCUCAAACUCACCGGUUAUAUGCGUGUCUUAAAAAAGAUUGCUUUCGCCUUGCAGGACUGUUCUCUGAAGAUACAACAUUUUUGUGAAUACAUUUCAAUUCAUGUAUAAGUAAUAUAAUAUUAUUGAGUAAUAUUAUUGAGUAAUUAUACAUAACAUAUUAAGUACAUAUAUAAGUAUGACAUCUUUUAAGAAACGUUAAUUUUUUUGAUUGUUUAUAUAGGGAAAAGAAUUAUAUUAAGGGAUUAAUUAAAAAAUAAAAAUGUUGUUAAUAAUAUAUUGGUUUAAAAAUUCAGUUAUGAAUAUCGAUAUUAAAAGUUAACAAGUUGAAUGUUCGUUUAGUCUGAUUUUUACUCAGAGAAAGUAAUUUGAAUAAACGUCAAGAGAUUCUAGAAAGAAAAUUAGUGGUGAUUUGUUCAAUUCCCAUUGAAGAGAAAAAAUAGCAUCAACAAGUUCUGCUCUUUCGUAAUUCGGUUUAUCUCCGGUUUAAUAAUUGUUUUUAAACCGUAAUCGAACGGUUGGAAAUUGCGCAAACACAACUGGAAAAUAAUUGUAAUCAAGCCGAUUAUUCACAGUAACAGAAACAUGCAUAUGAAAAUUAUAUAUUUGUCAGAAUCUAUAAAUUUAAAAAAGAGAAAACACUAAGUUUCAUUAUCCGAAGGACAAGUACAGUAACACAAUUAUGAAACUUACAAUUUAUUUUUCGAAAAAUCUUACAAAUAACACUUUUCUAACAAGUACUUAAAUGAGUUGCUCGAAAACGAAAUUUUGUUUUGAUACAGCCAUUGCCGGGAUCAAUGCUUUAUCAGAACUUACUAAAACAUGCAGAUAUACUGCUAUCGAUGAUAGUUGAUUAUUUGUAUGAUGUACGAAGCUAUAUAAAAUGUAAAAAAAGUGAUUUUUAUUUAAAAGAACCUCUUGAAGAAGCGUGAUAAAAAAAUAUAUAUAAAAAAGUGUAAAACUAACAAAAAAAAUAAAGUUUCGUACUCUGUACACUAUAUAGUUAUAUAUAUUCAUUAAUUGUUUUAUUCUAAAUUUUGUUUUAAAUAUUCAUUCCCGAGUAAAUUAAGAUAGACGAAUGUUAAAUUUUCUAUAGUAUAGUUCUUAGGAAAUAAAUCUUUAUUACAUGUUGCUCGUGAUGGUAUCCAAAUAUCAGCAAUGUCAUCGUCAUAUAAAUUAUUGAUAAGUUGAUUUUUCAAUGUGAAAUUUAUUUUAUCAAUUUACAUAUGGUUACAAGUUUUUUUUUCUUGGUUUAUCGAUUCUUGUUCAAUUUUUAUUGUUGAUGAUUAUUUUUAUGAAUAUUAAAUUGAAUAAUAAAUUUUGCUAUUUCUAAAAAAGUUCUUUAAUUGUAAAAAAUAAAUCGAUUUAAAACAAAAAACAACA